GAGACCUUCUUGAACACACCCACAAAGAAGAAGAAGAAAAAAGCUUCUCCUGGUUUUCUUUAAAAGUUUCUUGAAAAGUUUCUUUAAAUUCCCCCCCCCCCCCCCCCUCCCCUCUGUAAUUCCCCGCUUCUGUGUAUCCCUUUCUGUAAAUCAUCUGGUCUUUCAAUCAACAAAAAAUUUACGAUUAAUUUGGGUUUGUUUUUCUGGGUUUUUGAUGAUUGUCAUGAUUAUUAUGAACAAAAAAGCAGACUUUAUUUGAUUUUAUUUUUUUGAAACAAAACGAGAGAGAGAGAGAGAUUCAGGUGUUUUCAGAAUAGCGAUCCAUCUUUUUUAAUUGGGUUCUAUUUUCUGUUCAUCAAAAUCACACCUUUUUACGGGUUAUUUUUGUUCCCAAAAGGUUGGUUUUUUUUUCUUUUUAAUUUUAUCUUCAAAACUGGGUUUGAUUAUUUGAAAACUCCGUCUUUGUUUCUUGAUUUUCCUGGUAUUUUUUUUCUUGGGAAAUCAUCUUUUUUUGAAUAUUUUCUGUGAAUUAAUUAAAAAAUUGAAAAAAAAAAUAGAUUAAUGGCUUCAGCUGCAAUGGAUUUCUGGAAUGGCAGUGGCUUUCAGCAGUCAACAGCUGGUGGUGAACUCAUGGAAGCACUUGAACCUUUUAUUAAGAGUGCUUCUCCACCUCCUCUUCCUCUUCCUCCUCCUUCAAAUUACCAAAAUACCCUUCUUCUCUCCACUCCUUCUACCUCAUUUCCAUACCCUUCUUCUUCUUCUUGUUUUCUUCCUCCUUCUCCUUCAUCUUCUUCCUAUAUCUCCACUAUCCAUUCCCAACCCGGUUUCUACCCGGAUUACUCUAUCCAAGAUCAGUUUGGCUAUGAGCAACCGGCUUCUUCCUUCGGGUUGACCCAGUUAACCGAAUCCCAAAUGUACCCUAUGCAAACCCAGAUGGAUUUACCCACCCAAUGGCCUCAAAAUAGCAACUUGAAUUUCUUGGCUCCGGAGCCUGUACCCGUCAAACAAUCCGGGUCACCUCCGAAACCCACGAAGCUUUACAGGGGUGUGAGGCAAAGGCACUGGGGAAAAUGGGUUGCGGAGAUCCGUUUACCCAAGAGCCGGACCCGGCUUUGGUUGGGUACAUUCGAUUCGGCUGAAGAAGCCGCGUUGGCGUAUGAUAAAGCCGCGUACAAGCUGCGUGGAGACUACGCGCGGCUCAACUUUCCGCAGUUGCGUCAUAACGGGUCACACAUCUCCGACUUCAAGCCACUCCAUUCCUCCGUCGUAGCCAAAUUACAGACCAUUUGCCAGUGCUUGGCCGAGGGAAAAUCCAUCGACGGUGCUAAGAAAUCCACUUCUCGCCGGUCGUCGUCGGCGGCGGCGGCAAAGCAAGCAACGGUUUCACAGCAAGAGGUGGUGAAGGUUGAAGGGUUCGAGAGUGAAGGGUACGCCGGAUCUGGAAACUCAUCUCCGUCGUCCGAUCUGACGUUCCCGGAGUUCACGGCGGACGAUGGGUGGUGCGGAUCGGAGGCUUUCUCGCUGGAGAAGUAUCCGUCGUAUGAGAUAGACUGGGGGUCAAUCUAAGUAAUAACAGUUGAAUUAGAGGGGCAUAUUUGUAAUUUGGUAGGAUUUUGGUUGUAAUUUGGGUAGCGAGGUUGGGAGUCUUCCGUAAUGAAGUUUUUGGUAAUUGCGGAGCUCACCGCUUGAGUGUAGUGGGGUAGUUUGGUAAAUUUGAUUUUUCUAGUAUCUAUAUUUUGUUUGGACUUUUGGGAAAAUUUAUGAAAUCCCAUUAUUGUCCUUACUCCAUGCAUUGGGAUGGUUUUUUAUCGGCCGUAACCCCCAAUCGAGUAUUUAUUAAAUCUCAAUUUGGUUUUAAUAUA